UGGAACUGCCGCGCUGGCCGCAGUAGCGUCUCCCUGUGAGUCCUGGUUGCCGUCACGGGCAUGGCUUCCUUCGUGACAGAAGUUUUGGCCCAGUCGGGGAGUCUGGAGAAGGAGGAUCUCGGCACUCGGAUCAGCCGCUUGACCCGGCGGGUGGAGGAGAUCAAGGGUGAUGUGUGCAAUAUGAUCAGCAAGAAGUACAGUGAAUUCCUGCCUAGCAUGCAGAAUGCUCAGGACCUGGUGACCCAGGUGGAUAAGCUGUCUACUGACAUUGACCUGCUGAAAUCCAGGAUAGAGAUUGAGGUCCGUCAGGAUCUUCACGUAUCGACUGCUGAAUUUACAGACUUGAAACAACAGUUGGAAAGAGACUCAGUAGUCCUAAGUUUGCUUAAACAGCUACAAGAGUUUUCUACUGGUAUUGAAGGCUAUAAUUGUGCAUUAACAGAGAAGAAGUAUAUUACGGCUGCUCAGCAUCUGGAACAGGCUCAGAAAUGCUUGAAAUUAUUAAAAUCCAGAAAAUGCUUUGAUUUAAAAAUGUUGAAAUCUCUCAGCAUGGAGCUCACAAUACAGAAACAGAACAUACUGUACCACCUCGGAGAGGAGUGGCAGAAGCUGAUUGUGUGGAAGUUCCCACCAUCAAAAGAUGCCAGCAGCUUAGAAUCUUACCUGCAAACGGAACUUCAUUUAUCCACUGAACAACCCAAUGAAGACAAGAAGGACCCUAGGCCCCCCAUCAGUUCUGUCCUCCUGGCAUUUUCUAUUCUUGGAGAACUACCCAUCAAGCUCAAAUCAUUUGGUCAGAUGCUGCUGAAGCAUAUCCUCAGGCCUCUGGCCUCUUGCCCAUCCAUUCAUGCGGUGAUAGAAAGCCAGCCUAAUACAGUUACUAUUCGCUUUGACUCUCUGGUGACUGACUUAGAACAUCCAUCACCAUCUGAAGUUUUUACAAAGAUACGACUGGUACUGGAAGUGCUCCAGAAACAGCUUCUUGAUUUGCCUCUUGACCCUGACUUAGAAAAUGGAAAGACGCCUCCGAUGGUAUUGGCGGAGAUGCUUGGUGAUGUGAUCUGGGAAGACUUGUCUGAGUGCCUCAUCAAAAACUGUUUAGUUUAUUCUAUUCCAACCAAUAGCAGCAAGCUACAGCAAUACGAGGAGAUUAUACAAUCCACUGAAGAAUUUGAAAAUGCCUUAAAGGAGAUGAGGUUUUUAAAAGGAGAUACUACCGAUUUGUUGAAAUAUGCUCGUAAUAUCAACUCUCAUUUUGCUAAUAAGAAGUGCCAGGAUGUGAUUGUGACAGCCAGAAACCUAAUGACCUCUGAAAUCCACAACACUGUGAAGGUGCCAGGGAUGUAUUAUAUUGUAGUUUGGGAACAGGUCAUUUUUAAGAUACAUAGGGAAAGAGAUGAUUGGAUGACCGAAAGGCCUCUAAUAAUUGUCUCAAAAUUUGAUUUUCCCCCCAUGUUUUCAGUAUAUCUUUAUGUACUUCUUUUAAAUCUUUGUUUUCUCCUCAGUGCUGUCCAACUUUUCUACUCAGUGAGGAAUAUCUUCCAUUUGUUCCAUGAUGUUGUGCCAACAUAUCACAAGGAAAACCUUCAAAAACUUCCCCAGUUGGCCGCCAUUCACCAUAACAACUGCAUGUAUAUCGCUCACCACUUGCUGACUCUGGGGCACCAGUUCCGAUUACGGCUUGCGCCCAUUCUUUGUGAUGGUACUGCUACUUUUGUGGAUCUCGUACCCGGCUUCAGAAGACUUGGGACAGAGUGCUUUUUGGCCCAGAUGCGGGCACAGAAAGGUGAACUUCUGGAAAGAUUAUCCAGUGCUAGGAGCUUUUCAAACAUGGAUGACGAAGAGAAUUACUCUGCGGCAACUAAAGCAAUCCGACAGGUACUGCACCAGCUCAAGAGACUUGGAAUUGUGUGGCAGGAUGUCCUGCCAGUGAAUAUUUAUUGCAAGGCUAUGGGGACUUUACUGAAUACAGCCAUUUCUGAGAUCAUUGGCAAAAUCACUGCCCUAGAGGACAUUUCAACUGAAGAUGGUGAUAGAUUGUAUUCUUUAUGCAAAACAGUGAUGGAUGAAGGACCUCAAGUAUUUGCACCUCUGUCUGAAGAAAGCAAUAAUAAGAAAUAUCAAGAAGAGGUUCCAGUCUAUGUGCCCAAAUGGAUGUCUUUCAAAGAGUUAAUGAUGAUACUACAAGCUAACUUGCAAGAAAUUGGAGAUCGGUGGGCUGAUGGGAAAGGACCCUUGGCAACUGCGUUUUCAUCAAGUGAAGUAAAAGCUUUAAUUCGUGCCUUGUUCCAGAACACAGAAAGAAGAGCAGCUACCCUUGCAAAGAUAAAAUAGCUCCAUCUUCCUGAGGAAGCCAUAUUUUGACUAUGUGAUUCCUGCUUGGGUAUACUUAACUCCCUUCAAGACUUCUUGGAAUCAUUUGGUGAAACAAAAUUAAUGGAAUGUUUGACUUUACUUAAGGACGUCUUACCUCCUGGCCUGUAUGAGGCUUCCUUGAAGAACUGGGCAUUAAGUUGCCAGUUUGAUCCCAAGCACUACAAAAAGGAAA